GUGAGAGACAAUCCCCGACUCUGGCUGAUGGACGCCUCAACAUCCUUUCGCACCCCUUCAUACAGGUUGCCUUAGAAUUCAAACAACGGCGAUGGCACGAGUUCCAAUACCACAUAAUAAUAAAUAUCCACGUCAUUUCAAGUCCAGCCAAACACUUUGAUUCUAGCAAGAAUCUGUUUUCUGGGCACGCUGCACAUCCCAACCCCUAUGCGUAACGACAACAACUCUAGAACGGUACUGACUCAGCGUCAAGAUGACUUGCCGCCAGCUAGACAACUGUUACGUCCAGAAACUACAGAUUGUGUCAAUCCGCACGCCUUGAUAGAUCGUGAAGCGGAGAGUGAACACGACUGUCACGUAUCAAUUUGGAAAACGGUGGCGAGCGUUUUGGGACUUUUAUCUUUAGCCUUUCUGUGUAGUGUAGCACACUACGUGCUCUUUGCUCAGCUAAAUCACCAGAUUGCCGAUGACGAUCUUGCACCUAUACGACAGUCAUAUGUCACAGCAUCUUCACUAGUACUUGCCAACUUGUUCAGAGCGACUUUGCUAGGAAGCGUUGGCAUAUGCUUUGCGCAAAUGCUCUGGCGAAUGCUGCGGGACCAGUCCUUCCGUGUCUCAACCAUUGAAAGCCUAUUCCAGAUGCGAUCGAAUCCUUUAGCACUUGCAAGUCUCCAUGUAAUGAGAGAGGGUACACUCCUCUUUCUCAUAGCAGGAUUCAUGUGGGUGGUUCCUGUGGCGGUCACUUUCCCUCCUGGUGCUCUGACGAUAUCUACGCAACCUUUCCAGAGCACGGAAUUCGUCAACAUGUCAGUGAUAAAUCCUCUUCAACCAGACGACUUUGAUCCAUUACAGAAUACAACCGAGACCGAUUACUUUGCCCGGCUAGAUUACAAAUCUGGAGGUCGCACUGCCAGCUGGAAACAUCGUAAUACUACCUAUGGUCUACAAAAUGCACCGUUUUUGAGCUUGAUACGCCAAGUCAUCAUGAGUGGAGAGAUCAGUUCAUCUUUACCUCCAUCGCCAGGGCUGGAUUCCUCGCAUACAUAUGAGUUCUUGGCUCCACAGCUUAUAUGUACUGAAGAGAUUACCAGAAGCUUUGAAGAUUCCACAGGCCAUCCAUGGAACUGGACCAUGUCAAUCUCGACUAAUUUCGAUGGUCAAUUGGAGAUCAAUCGAGUACAAGCUUUAGGAGCUACCAACUGCCAAGAUGAUUCAGAUGAAAGCUUGAAAUGGUACGUUGAGAAUAAAAAGAUGGUUUGCAGGUACAAACACGUUCAGUACUCAGUCAAUAUUUCUUGGACACGCGGCAUACGCAACAUAACGUACACGAUGUCAGACAUAGAUACACAGCCCAGCUUGGACAUGGGAACCCGAUUCCCUGUCACUACUAGUAAGCCGGACUCGAGUGACCGUCCUGACAUUUCGAGUCUGCCAGGCUUCAAUGAUUGGAGGGAUGUUGUCCGUAAAAGUCUGAACUACUGGACUUCGUUUGCUUUAUUGGAUCAUUUCGAGUAUGCGAUAGGUGCUCUAAGACAGCUAGAAUGCUUCGCUAGAAUGAGCUUUGAUUGCAAGACCAGCACUCUGCCCAAUGGUACUACCAUGGCACUUCGAGAAGUAAUUUGCACCACUCCGGAUAUGACAAGCUUUAGCAACGACGCUGUCGUCCUUUUGAGCGACUCUCGUUUGAACCCCACUCGGUUCAAAGACACUCAUUCGAGCUCGUUGGACGAUACCCAGGCGCGGUUCAACGACUUGAACAUCACGGAGGCCUCCCUGAAUGAGCUAUUAACCAACACCACACUAUCCACGGUAGCUCUCGAUUUGUGGCACCGGCCGAUUCCGGUAAACGUAACCAGGUACCACAAUACCUAUCAAUUUUCUCGGCCUAUCAACCUGUUUUUACCAUAUGGUAUUUGUCUGGGUAUAGGACUUGUUGUCACUGUCCUCGGACUAUGGUCACUCUACCAUAACGAAGUUGUAGCUGCUGAUGGUGGCUUCCUGCAAGUCAUGAUGGCGACCAAGGGGGACACAGAGUUGGAAAGGCUCGUUGUCAAACAAGGCCUCGUGAGCCCGAGGAACAUAUCAAAAGAGCUGCAAGGCCUCAGAAUUCGGUACGGUGAGCUGUUCAAUAAGGAACAAAGUGGUACAAAAACGAUUAAGGAAAGAUAUGGCUUUGGCACUAUUGAGGAGACACUAGUCUUGAGAAAAAGAAGGCAGAUGCAUAAAUAAAGAUAGAUGCAUAGAUUGUCACGGGUAUGCCUGUACAGUUCGGCUUCUUACCUAUAUUGUUGAGCUGUUCAUGAGGACUAGAAGCUUUUACUGUUGAGAAG